AUGGCUGGCGUCAUCAAGGACAUUGCAAACAAGAUCACCGGCUCCUCCUCCGAGGCUGCCCCGCGCGAGCCCACCGCCGAAGAGGUGAAGGAGCUUCAACAGAAGUACGAGAAGGCUGGCCAGCAGCAGGUCUUCGCCUUCUGGGAGCAGCUCAGCUCCUCGGAGAAGGGCACCCUGUACGCCCAGCUGUCCGGCAUCGACCCCGACCACAUUAACAAGAUCACCGACCGCGCCCUCAACCCUCCCAAGACUGAGAGCGAAGACCAGACCCCCACAUUCGAGCCGCUCCCAACCUCGGCCACCUCGUCUGUCCUAGACUCCAAGGAUGAAGACCUCAGCAAGUGGUACGACUCGGGUCUCGAGCUGAUCGCGGAGAACAAGGUGGCGGUUGUGUUGAUGGCUGGUGGACAAGGCACUCGCCUGGGCAGCUCGGCACCCAAGGGCUGCUACGACAUUGGCCUUCCCAGCCACAAGUCGCUGUUCCAGCUCCAGGCGGAGCGUAUCUGGAAGGUGCAGCAGCUGGCGAAGAAGAAGCACGGCAAGUCGGAGGUCAUCGUUCCCUGGUACGUCAUGACCAGCGGCCCCACGCGUGGCCCGACGGAGCAGUUCUUCCAGGAGAACAACUACUUCGGCUUGGACAAGGCCAACGUCAUCGUCUUCGAGCAGGGUGUUCUGCCCUGCAUCUCGAACGACGGCAAGAUCCUGCUCGAGAGCAAGUCCAAGGUUGCCGUCGCCCCUGAUGGCAACGGUGGUAUCUACCAGGCACUCAUCACUGCGUCCGUCGUGUCGGACAUGAGCAAGCGCGGCAUCCAGCACGUUCACGCGUACUGUGUCGACAACUGCCUCGUCAGGGUCGCCGACCCCGCCUUCAUCGGCUUCUCGGCCGCCAAGGACGUCGAGAUUGCGACCAAGGUGGUGCGCAAGCGUGACGCCAAGGAGUCGGUGGGUCUGAUCAUGCAGAGGAACGGCAAGCCGGACGUCGUCGAGUACUCUGAGAUCAGCGAGGAGAUGGCCGAGGCCAGGGACGCGUCGAACGCGGAGCUGCUCAAGUUCCGUGCGGCCAACAUUGUCAACCACUACUACUCGUUCCGCUUCCUCGAGAGCAUCCCGCAGUGGUCGCACAAGCUGCCGCACCACAUCGCACGCAAGAAGAUCCCCUACGUCGACACCGAGUCGGGCAACACGGUCAAGCCGGAGAAGCCUAACGGCAUCAAGCUGGAGCAGUUCGUGUUCGACUGCUUCCCCUUCCUGUCCAUGGAUAAGUUCGCGUGCAUGGAGGUCAGGCGUGAGGAUGAGUUCUCGCCGCUCAAGAACGCGCGCGGCACGGGCGAGGACGACCCCGACACCAGCAAGCGCGACAUCAUGGACCAGGGCAAGAAGUGGGUGCAGGCGGCGGGCGGUGUCGUUGUCGGUGAGAAGGCGGAGGACGGCGUCGAAGUGUCGCCGCUGAUCAGCUACGGCGGCGAGGGCCUCGAAUUCCUCAAGGAGCGGACGAUCAAGGCGCCCGCUGUCAUCGAGAAGGAGGAGUAG